AUGGAGAUUGAAACAGCCAAACCCAAAAAUCCCAAGCCAUCUAAUGCCUCCGACGAACUAAAGGUGUUGCCGCCUUCCUUUACUGUCUUUUUGGAGAUGGCACUUCCUUAUUAUCCUGUAAACAACAUAUCCGGUCGCUUUAAUAUUGCAUUAUCUUUUGCUUUCGGUACCAUGUUCGCUCUUUACUUUGCAGCCCCAAUUUCCGGUGGUCAUACCGCUCCAAAUUUCACCCUCGCCUUCGCCUCCUUCCGAAAAUUCCCAUGGAAACUUGCCGGCGCAUUUAUUGCUACUGGAAUAGCUUAUCUGAGUUACUAUUCUACAAUUCACCAUCUUAAUGCAAACACCGAUGGUUCCAUCGAAUUCGCGGCACUGUAUUUAACCCGGCCGAACAGUUAUGUUAACACCGGCUACAAGAUAUG